UUGCCCCUUCAAGUAAAUGGACAUCUGACACUAUGGCUUCUCUACUGGUCAUCAGUUUUCAGUCACACUUUUUCCACAUAACCACCUCCCCAGAAGAAAAUAAAUACCAGAACCUCUGAAAAUGCUGGUUAAAUGACCGGGACCCUAAAUUUAACCAGGUGAGAGCUAUCUUUAGUCCGGCGUUGGUGCCUCAUGCCAUCUCUGGAGUUUAGAGGUACCGUUUGAACUGGGGAGAGAUUGUUCCCCUGUAGCCUACACCGCUGCACCACAGCACCAGUGGCAGCUGCGUUGACUUCUUCAACCUGUGGUUGACUGACUGGCUGACUGAGCUGAUGCCUUCUGGGAUAUUAUGAGGAGGCCUGCUAAACACGUGGGCUUGUGGAGACUUGUUUAAUAGGCCCCUCUCGCUCUCUGUCAAGCACUCCUUCCCCAAGUUGCCAGGGAAACCGGCUUCUCAUAUUGGGAGAACAUUUAAACAGAGAGCUUUGAUUUGUGCAGAGCUGUAGUGAAAACAAGAUCAGGGUGAAUUUUAACAUAUUCAGUGCCCCCUUUUCUGAAGUGUUUCUGAAUGAGAGGAGGAAAGUUUAUUUGGUCGUUUUUUUCUUUCGGGAAUAGCCUAUCUAGCAAUAGGCUGCUACUCUAAACGUUCACAUUUUCUUGCAGUGUCUUAAAAUGAAAUGCCUUUGGCUUUGAGUAAUUGUCUCAAGCAUGGUUGAAGGGUUCUGCUAUGUGCACAAGCAUUCUAAUAAUGCGGGAAGAUUAAAUAAAAUUAAUAAUAUAAUAAUAAUAAUAAUAAUAUGCCAUUUAGCAGACGCUUUUAUCCAAAGCGACUUACAGUCAUGCGUGCAUACAUUUUUGUGUAUGGGUGGUCCCGGGGAUCGAACCCACUACCUUGGCGUUACAAGCGCCGUGCUCUACCAGCCGUGCUCUACCAAUGUUUCUCAUUUUUGAACUGUGGGAGAGACAGCGCUGAAAGCUGCAGAAGAACUAACCCUACCUGUAUGUUUGCAUUCCCUAUUAGCUCUCUGCAGAGCGAAGGGGCAAAUAUAUUUUCAAUUUUUUGCUCUCUCUCGGUCUCUCUCCCCCGAUCUCUCUCUUCCCCCCCGUCUCUCUCUUCCCCCUCCUGUCUCUCUCUUCCCCCCCGUCUCUCUCUUUCCCCCCCGUCUCUCUCUCUCCCCCCUCGUCUCUCUCGCUGCCUCUCUCUCUCUCUCUCUCUCUCUGCCUCGCUCUCUCUCUCUCUCUCUCUCUCUCUCGCUCUCUCUCGCUCUCUCUCUCUCGCUCUCUCUCUCUCCGCUCUCCUCUUUCUCCCUCGCUCUCUCUUUCCUCUCUGCCUCGCUCUCUCUCUCCUCUGCCUGCUCUCUCUCUCUGCCUACGCUCUCUCUCUCUGCCUCUCUCUGCCUCGCUCUCUCCUCUCUUCCUCGCUCCUCCUCUCGCUCUGCCAUCGCUCCUCUCUCUCGUCUCAUCAACGCUCUGCUCGCGUCUGCUCUUUUCUCAUCGCUCUGCUCUCUCUCUUCUCUGCUCUCUCUCUCUCUCUCUCUCUCUCGUCUCCUCUCUCUCUCUCUCUCCUCUCUCUCUCUCUCUCUCUCUCUCCUCUCCUCCUCUCUCUCUCUCUCUCUCUCUCUCUGCCUCCAUUAGAUCCCGUUCUGCUCUGUCUCUUGAUCUCGUGGCAGUGCCUCAUGGAAAUCACCAACUGAUCAGCCCAAACAUUUUCUGUGUCACUCGACACCGGCCCGUCGGCGUUGGAACUAUCAGGUCGCGCAGAUGGUACUGAGAAGCAACUUUAUCUUCCCCCUCCCCGUGUCACUCACAGGGCUGCUAUGGAUAGAGUAAAUAAACACAGCCCCAGACCCAGGACACUUUGAAUAGUACUGUGGUUUGAGGGAAUGUCCACCAACCGAUUUUGAGGAGGGGGGGGGGGGGGAGGGUAUAUAUAUUUUUGUUAUAACUGAUAUAGGUCUACUCAACUCUAUGAUACUAAAAUCAGUGUGUGUACAGAUGAGCACACAGAGGUAGCGUUUCACUUUAGGUAGUGUACUUCCUUUGUUAAGAACCCAAUGUAUCUGUAGUUAUCACAAAGGUAAAUGCAGUCUUAUCUAUAAUCUAGGAAUGCUAGAAUAUGAUUGUAGAAAAAAUUGAACACGAUGAUUGUUUCUAGGCCUAGCUAGGCUUGUUAUCCUGCAUAUUUACUUUUAGCAGCAAUGAGGCCAGGUGUAAAUUUAGCCCCAGGUUGUGAAGUGAGUUUCCCAGAAGCGGGAGGCCGAUGCAGGCAGGGCUUUGGCAAUAGAGGGACAGCAGUGUAGGAUGUCUGUCUGGGUAGGAAGGUUACACUUCCAAGCCGUGCAGAGGUGGCUCUGGAUGCCUAGCUCUCUAUUUGGGGAAACUUUGGUGUUCCAGUAGCUCAAAGUUCACUGCUUCUGAGAAAAUGCCUCUCUUUCUGGUCUGUGUGGUGCGGUCCACACAGUAAUGUCUUCCAGAUGACAGUUGUCUCUUUAGCCUACACAGGGUUUAGCGUGUUUAGUGGCUGAAGGUCGCUCUCUUUGCUAAUCCAGUUGGUUCACAUGCAACCAGACAGUAUUAUCCACAGCGUUCGGUGCGCUAACGAGGACGUAGCGUUAAAUAUGGCAGAUCAUUAUUUAGGCAAGUAAGCAGCCUCCUGGGGGAGCGAACGUUUCCAGGCUAAUGACCGGUGUGUAUGCGUAGAUGGCUACGCUAGAUGCCCGGUUUUGUGCCCGUUUACAAAAAAGUGAAAUCAUUUCAGGGUAGAGCGAAAUAAUUGACAUUUGUUUGGUAAAAACAGUAGGAUAAAUACACAUGUAGGAAGAGUCCAUUCUUGUUUUUUGCCACUGCAUUGCCUUAAUAUUGGAACCCUUUGAAAUCUUCUGAGAUGUAUGUAUUUAUUUUAGACGCUCUAGAUCUCUUAAUUAGAGCAAAAUAAAGGGAAAACGUGAAAGGGGCUCCAUUCAUGGUCGUCUGCGUUUGAAACGGCACGCUGAAAUCCUCGAACAGUUGGGCCUUUCAGAAAGGUGCUCUUUCAAAAUAACCUUUUCGCAAAUCCAAAUAAAACCGGUGCCAGCCCACAGACCCUUUCAUGUCCACACCUGGAGGCUAAGAUCUAAUGAAAAAAAGUGGGGGGGAGGAAAGCCUCAGACCUGGCUUGCCUCAUGCAUAUCUCAUGGUGUUUGCUUAGCCCCUUGGUCCACCCCAACGCUACCUUCAUGGUAUCCUACUGCUCGGCACCUUUCCAACCUGAAUCGUUCGGUUGUGCACAGUUGCCUUUUGGUCUCUCCACCGGUCCUUUGGUCUGGUGUCUGCUAUACCUUUUGAAGUUGCGCUCCAGUCCCAAAUCUCCCUUCUUGACCAUAAAAAAAAAAUGCAAAGCCGCUCUCCUGCCCAACACGUCACACCAUGUGAACCCAUGGCAACGUGGGAUUGAUAUAUUAAUAGGCUGCCUGAGGGCGAGGGGUGUGGGUGGAGGUCAUCAUGGUGGUGGGACUGAAGUGGAGGUCCAAAAUGGACCCCUUUGUGUUGUGUUAGAGAGGGUUGGAGGAAUUGACUCAGUUACCUAUAACAAUCCAGGGCUUGGCUAAACCAGGGUGGGGUAAUUUUCAAUUAAUGUACUGAUUUUCAAUGCACUUCCUGAAAUGUUGAAAUAAAAUUGACCCGAACAACUAAUCCCCUUCCUGUCUCACUCUUUGUUAGCCUCCACAAUUUUGUUACCUAUUGAAUCCUAAAACUACCUUUUUAAGUGAAAAUGACUUGAAAACUGAAAUACUGAACCGCUAUUACUCUAUUCUCUCGUCUUCCAGGCUCAGCCCUCCUGGACCUGACGGAGCAGUUUGCCCUCCCAGAGACGGCUCCUCCCAUGCUGGCCAGGCUGCUGGAGGCCAUCGAGAAGAAAGGUGAGCUGGCCUGUACAGAACGGACUAGUACACACACACAAUGGUCAUCUAAACAUUUCCUAGAUUUAUAUUCUAGAAGAUCCACCCCUCGUGUAUCAACAACAUGGUUUCAGUUACUUAUGUAAUUAUUUAUUUAACCUUUAUUUUGACAAGUCAUGCUGAGAUAAAGGUCUCUUUUUCAGAAGAGCCCUGUAAUUACGAAAAUACACAAAAAUCAAUACAGUAUGAAAAGCAGUACAGAGACACAAAACAAAAUCAUAGAAAACAAAUACAUUCUUCAGUAAAAAAGUCAUUAAUCAGCCAUCUGAAUUGCCCUAGAGUAGGGCUCUCCAACCCUGUUCCUGGAAAGCUACCAUCCUGUAGAUUUUUGCUCCAACCCUAUUAAUCUAGCGCACCUGAUUCUAACAAUUAUCUGGUUGAUAAGAUGAAUCAAGUUAGUUACAGCUGGGGUUGGAGCGAAAACCUACAGGGUAGCUCUCCAGGAACAGUGUUGGAGAGCCCUGCCCUAGAGGCAUCACAAUAUCCAAUUUUAGAGAGUUUGGGAUAUUAUGCCACUAGUAAGGUGCAAAAAAAACUAAAACCAGAUUUACCUAACUCAGUGGAGAUCGAAGGGAUUUCCAGUUAGCCAUCCCUGAGACUGGGUCUGGUAGCUUGUAGUGCGCUUUAUUCCCUGAAUGUUUUUUAUACUUUUUAUGACUUUCUAGGAAUCGAAGCAGUUGCAUCUAAGCUAGUGGCUUAUCAUGUGCUCCUUGAUUCUGUGUAGGUCUGGACAACCCAACGCUGUACAGGACCUUCACAGCCGAUGGUGGACUGGAUGUUAGACAGUGCUUUGACACUGGUGAAUAGAAUUCAUGUUUAUCACUUACAGUGCAUUCGGAAAGUAUUCAGACCCCUUGAUUUUUUCCACAUUUUGCUAUUAUACAGCCUUGUUCUAAAAUUGAUUAAAUUGUUUUUUUCCUCAUCAAUCUACACACAAUACCCCAUGUUAGAUCGGGUUCAAGUACGGGCUCUGGCUGUGCCACUCAAGGACAUUCAGAGACUUGUCCCGAAGCCACUCCUGCGUUGUCUUUGCUGUGUGCUUAGGGUCGUUGUCCUGCUGGAAGGUGAACCUUCACCCCAGUCUGAGGUCCUGAGCGUUCUGGAGCAGGUUUUCAUCAAAGAUCUCUGUACUUUGCGCUAUUUAUUUUUCCCUUGAUCCUGACUAGUCUCCCAGUCCCUGCCGCUGAAAAACAUCCCCACAGCAUGAUGUUGUCACCACCAUGUUUCACCGUAGGGAUGGUAUUGGCCAGGUGAUGAGCAUUCAGGCCAAAGAGUUCAAUCUUGUUUCUCAUGGGAGUCCUUUAGGUCCCUUUUGGCAAACUCCAAGCGGGCUGUCAUGUGCCUUUUUACUGAGGAGUGCCUUCCGUCUGGCCACUCUACCAUAAAGGCCUGAUUGGUGGAGUGCUGCAGAGAUGGUUGUCCUUCUGGAAGGUUCUCCCAUCUCCACAGAGGAACUCUGGAGCUCUGUCAGAGUGACCAUCGGGUUCUUGGUCACCUCCCUGACCAAGGCCCUUCUCCCCCGAUUGCUCAGUUUGGCCGGGCGGCCAGCUCUAGGAAGAGUCUUGGUAGCUCCAAACUUCUUCCAUUUAAGAAUGAUGGAGGCCACUGUGUUCUUGGGGACGUUAAAUGCUGCAGAAAUGUUUUGGUACCCUCCCCCAGAUCUGUGCAUCGACACAAUCCUGUCUCGGAGCUCUACGGACAAUUCCUUCCACCUCAUUGCUUGGUUUUUGCUCUGACAUGCACUGUCAACUGUGGGACCUUAUAUAGACAGGUGUGUGCCUUUCCAAAUCAUGUCCAAUCAAUUUAAUUUACCACAGGUGGACUCCAAGUUGUAGAAACAUCUCAAGGAUGAUCAAUGGAAACAGGAUGCACCUGAGCUCAAUUUCGAGUCAAAUAGCAAAGGGUCUGAAUACUUAUGUAAAUAAGGUAUUUCUGUUUUUUAUUUUGUAUAAACUCACUAAAAUUAUGGGUUAUUGUGUGUAGAUUGAUGAGGGGGAAAAAUAUAUUUAAUCAUUUUUAGAACAAGGCUGUAUAAUAGCAAAAAGUGGUAAAAGUCAAGUGGUCUGAAUACUUUCCGAAUGCACUGAAUAUCCACCCAAGUUCAAUGUUAUUGUGUGCAAUUUUCUUGGGAAAAACAGUUAGACUUUGAACUAAUGGUGUGUGGUUGUAUUCAGAUCCUCCAUCAGCAGACCUGGACCAGAUGGACCUGCAGAUGCUGUGUGACGGUCUACGUCGGUACCUGCAGGAUCUUCCGCAGCCCGUCAUCCCACCGGCCAUCUACACUCAGCUGGUCCAAACCGCCCAAGGUACACACACACACGCUGUGACUAUAACACUCCCAUUCACUUUCAUCAGAGUACACCACAUGAUGUACACACAAUCACAUAACCAAUAUUCUAUACCACCCACUGUUGUUUCCUUCCUGUCAAUGUUCUACUAGAAAAUGGGUCAAGUCCAAAUCAGCAUGUCGGUUAGAGGUUGCUGUUCGUUCAAUUUGUUUGUAGCUCUCAGCAAUCACGCCGACUAUUUAAAUAUAGGCUUUCAGUGGAACGUGCCUCAACCCGAAGGUACAUGGUGUCUAGUUAAUUAUUGGCCUACAGCAGCAGUCCUAACCUAAUCUACCACUGGCCGGGCUGUUGAACACUCUGUACCAUGGAGAGGGAACUCAGAGUACCUAGAGCAAGUGUCAAUAUCCACCCAUUGGCCCUUAGAGAGAGAGAGAGAGAGAGAGAGAGAGAACAGACACACACACACUCUUCCGCUCUCUCUACCUCUCUCUCUCUACCUCUCUCUCUCUCUCUCUCUCUCUCUCUCUCUCCUCUCCUCUCUCUACCCCUCUCUCUCCCUCUCUCUCUCUCUCUAACCUCUCUUCUCUCUCUCUACUCUCUCCUCUCUCUCUCGCUCUCUCUACCCCUUCUCUCUCUCGCUACCUCUCUCUCUCUCUCUACCUCUCUCUCUCUCUCUCUCUCUCUACCCCUCUCUCUACCCCUCUCUCUCUCUCUACCUCUCUCUACCUCUCUCGCUCUCUCUCUUACUCUCUCUCUCACCCUCCAGUUCUUAGGUUCGCUUUAUCUCUCUCUCUGUCUUGGGUUGUCUUUCUCUCCUCUCUCUCUCCCUCCCUCCACACCUCCCUCUGUUAUGUUCUUCAGUGCUGUCAGAGUAAUCGUUCUGUCACAUGGCCAGAAACAGGAUCUCUGUGGUUAAUAGCAACUUACAGAAGUUUAUCUCCUGCAUCUCUGUGCUAGCCAAUCACCUGCAAGUGUACCUUGCACUCCUCACUUAUUGUUGAGCACACACAAUCUCAAUGCAGUUGUCUAACCCGAUUACUGAGCACAGGGCUCCUUUUUCUGCCACCACAUUGGUCGAAGGGAAGCCUGCUAACACCUCUGUAGCUUCAACUGAGGGAGCUUUUUGAAGGGUUUUGUCAGUGCGUAGCCUGCAGCAUACCUGUGCACACAUUCAUAGUCAUACAUGUGUGGCAAUGCAAUGUGUAUAUCUCCCUCUGUGAUCUUUAUCAAUGAAUUUGUGCGUAACCUGCGUAAGUGUUAGCACAUACGCCCAUAGAAACAUGUGUACGUGUGACAUACCUCCCUCUCUGACACCUGUGUGUGUGUUGGUCCCACAGAGGUGCAGAGCCCCAAGGAGUGUGCCCAGCUGCUGCGUUGCAUCGCCAGCACGCCCAGCCUGCCAGCCCAGUACUGGCUCACCUUCCACUGCCUGCUGCGCCACUGGUCCCGGGUGUGCCACAACGCGUCCAAGAACCUGCUCAGCUCCCGCGCCCUGGGCGAGAUCUUCAGCCCCGUGCUCUUCAGACAGCAGGCUGCCAGGUGGGUGGAGGAGAAAGAGAGAGGGACAGGCGCGCACAGACAGACAGACACCUCUACAUACUCAAGGAAACACACUCUCAGGCAAGCAGCCUACACUCACACACUCACUGACACACACACACACACAUCACUCACUGACACACACACGCUCACUGACACACUCAUGGACAUUGACACUCAGGCAAGCGUCUUGCACACAGCCUUGUCAGGCAUGCACCCACACACACAUUUGCAGUGAAAGGAUUUAGGCUGGGAAGCUUUUCUAUUUGCCAGCUGUGCUGUAGCAAUAAAAGCCGUACCAUCAGUUAGAGAGGGAGAGCGAGAUCAUGCACAGAUUAACCAGAACAGCAGGGCCAGUCAGCUGGCCUGAAAAUCGCUGACUAUUUGACUUCAUCUUUUUUUUUCUUCUCUUCUACUUUUGUCACUCUUUCAUCAGCUGCGAGCCCAGCCCGGAUGCUCACAUCAAGAUCAUUGAGACCCUUGUGACUAGCGAAUGGACAGAAGCACAGGCGGCUCCAGGUAAGAAACACACAUUGUCCUUUUCUAUUAUUCAUCAUCUGUUCAAGUUCUGGUUGGGGGUGUAUGCAGAGAAACAGAAUGACUAUAUUUAAAGCCAAACGAAUGCCCAUCCCUUCCUCUGUGAAACGAUUUACACUCACGUACUGUACUGUGUUUUUGAAGAGCAUUGACAGAAUGGCCCCUGUGCAUAUACAGUGGGGAGAACAAGUAUUUGAUACACUGCCGAUUUUGCAGGUUUUCCUACUUACAAAGCAUGUAGAGGUCUGUAAUUUUUAUCAUAGGUACACUUCAACUGUGAGAGACGGAAUCUAAAACAAAAAUCCAGAAAAUCACAUUGUAUGAUUUUUAAGUAAUUAAUUUGCAUUUUAUUGCAUGACAUAAGUAUUUGAUACAUCAGAAAAGCAGAACUUAAUAUUUGGUACAGAAACCUUUGUUUGCUAUUACAGAGAUCAUACGUUUCCUGUAGGUCUUGACCAGGUUUGCACACACUGCAGCAGGUUGGCCCACUCUUCCAUACAGACCUUCUCCAGAUCCUUCAGGUUUCGGGGCUGUCGCUGGGCAAUAUGGACUUUCAGCUCCCUCCAAACAUUUUCUAUUGGGUUCAGGUCUGGAGACUGGCUAGGCCACUCCAGGACCUUGAGAUGCUUCUUACGGAGCCACUCCUUAGUUGCCCUGGCUGUGUGUCAGGGUCGUUGUCAUGCUGGAAGACCCAGCCACGACCCAUCUUCAAUGCUCUUACUGAGGGAAGGAGGUUGUUGGCCAAGAUCUCGCGAUACAUGGCCCCAUCCAUCCUCCCCUCAAUACGGUGCAGUCGUCCUGUCCCCUUUGCAGAAAAGCAUCCACAAAGAAUGAUGUUUCCACCUCCAUGCUUCACGGUUGGGAUGGUGUUCUUGGGGUUGUACUCAUCCUUCUUCUUCCUCCAAACACGGCAAGUGGAGUUUAGACCAAAAAGCUCUAUUUUUGUCUCUUCAGACCACAUGACCUUCUCCCAUUCCUCCUCUGGAUCAUCCAGAUGGUCAUUGGCAAACUUCAGACGGGCCUGGACAUGCGCUGGCUUGAGCAGGGGGACCUUGCGUGCGCUGCAGGAUUUUAAUCCAUGACGGCGUAGUGUGUUACUAAUGGUUUUCAUUGAGACUGUGGUCCCAGCUCUCUUCAGGUCAUUGACCAGGUCCUGCCGUGUAGUUCUGGGCUGAUCCCUCACCUUCCUCAUGAUCAUUGAUGCCCCACGAGGUGAGAUCUUGCAUGGAGCCCCAGACCGAGGGUGAUUGACCGUCAUCUUGAACUUCUUCCAUUUUCUAAUAAUUGAGCCAACAGUUGUUGCCUUCUCACCAAGCUGCUUGCCUAUUGUCCUGUAGCCCAUCCCAGCCUUGUGCAGGUCUACAAUUUUAUCCCUGAUUUCCUUACACAGCUCUCUGGUCUUGGCCAUUGUGGAGAGGUUGGAGUCUGUUUGAUUAAGUGUGUGGACAGGUGCAGUUAAUACAGGUAAUGAGUGGAGAACAGGAGUGCUUCUUAAAGAAAAACUAACAGGUCUGUGAGAGCCGGAAUUCUUACUGGUUGGUAGGUGAUGAAAUACUUAUGUCAUGCAAUAAAAUGCAAAUGAAUUACUUAAAAAUCAUACAAUGUGAUUUUCCGUCUCUCACAGUUGAAGUGUACCUAUGAUAACAAUUACAGACCUCUACAUGCUUUGUGAGUAGGAAAACCUGCAAAAUCGGCAGUGUAUCAAAUACUUGUUCUCCCCACUGUAUUAAGACUGCAGUGGUGCUAAGCCCAUGGUACUGACUGACUGACUGCGGGAGCCGAGGGGAACAGCAGGGAACCUGGGCUGUUCUUAGCAGUACCACAGAGCACAGGAUGUACUGGCUAUGCUGCACGGAAACAGGCCACCAUUGUGGGGCAAAAGCUGCCCCAUUGCAUACCUGGCUGGUUCAAUUUAUUACAGCUUUAGUUAAGGUUUUUUGCACUUGUUUAAAAGGCUUUAUUGUUAUAUGCCAGUCAAUGUUUGCAAAUUGGCUGCAGUUAGCGUGUCUUCAUUUAUAAACCGGGCAGUUUGGAUCCUGGAUGCUGAUUGGUUAAAACAGCAUUCCAGUCGUCUUUAUAUCGACAAUAUCAUGGGUAUGACGCAAAAAUACAUGUUUACUGUUCUAUUUGAAGUAUCACUACACAGUUGUUGAUAUACCACAGCAAAUGACAAAAGGAAAGCAAUAAGGGUUUUAUUAAACACAUUAUUUAUCCUUGCUUCUAGCCUAGCAUUUGGCUUGAAUAACAACAAGAACAACCCUUAGUUGUGUUAUAUUGGCCAUAUACCACCCCCUCUGGCCUUAUUGCUUAAAUAUCAGCCUUUAAUUUAGUAUAGCGGACAUUUUUUCCAUACUUGUAUAACUCAAUCUUUAAUACAAGAAUCUUGGCUUGGCUGUGUUUGUGUCACUCAUCUCUCAUUCUUCUGGGACGGGGAGGAACUAGCUUGGCUCAUCUGAACAGUUAUGCAAAUUGCAGCAUAUAGGCUGCAGGAGUUUAUCGUUAACCCAUGGUAGUCUCUCAAUGAUGGGGUCUAAAACGGUGUUGUGUAAAAUGGGUUGUUCAUUUUUGGUUUGUAGCCCAGGAUAGAGUCUUCUUCCUAUUUUGAGCAGGAAAUUAGUGGCGUGUUGAGAUCGAAGUGAAAGUAGUUGAGGUAACAGGGCUCUAGGUGGAUUCCGUCCAAUGUGCUGUGUAGUGAAGUAGGCUACCCUUGAUGAAUUAUGUAAGACGUUGUACCGCGGCCGGAAAUACACAAACUGAAUUUUUUACAUUUCAUAAAUUCAGGUCAUGAAGGAAUAAUACCUUAUAUUGUAUUAAUAAAAAAAAAAUUAAGCAAUAUAAUGUGAUUUAAUUGUUCAUCUAACCAGUAGUGUGGCCUUAGCCUAGCAUUCUCUAGACUCCAGCAGACCGGAUGGUGUGGGAGUGCAGACCGUUUGCGUGGCACAGUUGGGUUUUUACAGUCGCUAGUUAAAACUGCUUUUGGUGGGCAGGCCCGGGGCCCAGUGCCUGGCUGUGACUGUUGAAAGGUUUUAUUACCUGUUUGGGACUAUUUAUAACGUCCUCCUCGCAUGGGCCACUCUCAGCUGUCAGGAGUUCGCACCUGCAGGAGCAAUGGGCCGACGGGGAUGGUGGCAGACUGACAGGGGGAGGCGGGCGGGCAAGGGCAAGCUCAACACCGCACACUUUGACUCUUCUCUCUCUGCUGAACCAGCCAGGUCCCUUCUUGUGCGAAUGAACACUUGUGCGUUCACACACACAAACAUACUAUGUUCCAUGCACAGACACACACACACACUUGUACACACAUAUCCACACACACGCCAGGCAGGUUGAACUUGGAGGGGAGCCGUUUGGCGGUCAGUUGCGUCAAAUUUCACCUGUGUGUGACUGUGUCUGUCUUUGGCAGCACGUGAGUCUGUAUCGAAAGCGUGUUUAUGUAUACUGUCUGCACAUGCGUGUUUCUCUGAAUGAUAACCUGUCUGUGUGUCUGUGCACCUCCUCCCAGUUACUGGGGGCCUAUUUUAAGUAACCAGCCAAAGGCCUACUUAGAUUUGGUUGGCUGGAAACUGUCUGUUCCACAGAGCACCUCUUGUUAGCCCGGCGGCUGCUCCUACUUCCUAGGGACACCAUCCUCCCCCUCUAACCCCUCCCUCCCUUCCCACUCUUAACCCCUCCCUCCCUUCCCCCUCUAACCCCUCCCUCCCUUCCCACUCUUAACCCCUCCCUCCCCCUGUCUCCCUCCACACACCCCUCCCAGCACCAAAGUGCCCAGCUCAGCAAAUAUUUGAACCUGUGCGAGUUAAUCAUAAGACUGAACACUCUCCCUACUCCCUUCCUUUCAAACACAGAGAGGGAGAGGGACACGCACACACACUCGGUCGGCACUAUGGCCAGGUUUCAGAGUGGGCAUUCAGGGCCAGCACUGGGGCAGCAGCUCAGCUAAUCAUUAACCGGGGGGGGGAGGGAGGCGCGGGACGAGAGAGGGGUAGGUCGGGAGAGUGAGGGGGGGGGGUUGAGAGAGGAGGAGGGGUAGAUAGCGGGAGAGGAAGUAGGGAGAGAGGGAGGUGGGGAUAGAGAGAGGGGGGGUAGAGAGAGGGGGGUAGCGAGAGGGAGGGGGAUAGAGAGAGGGAGGAGGGGGGAAGAGAGAUGGAAGGGGUAUAGAGAGGGAGGGCGGGGUAGAGAGGGAGAGUUGGUAGUGAGAGGGGGGAUUGAGAGAGGGAGAAGGGGGGUAGGUAGAGAGAGACGAGGUAGAGCGAGAAAGAAGGAAGGGGGGGUAGAGAGAGAGAGUGGGAGACUGGGGGGGUGAGAGUGAGGUAGAGCGAGAGACGUACAGAGAGGCACGCUUCCCUCCCUCUCUCACACCACCUGCGCCAGACCAAGGAGUAAGCCAGGCAGUCAGGAAAGCAGAGCAGGCAAGCAAGCAGUCGCAUGCUGCACCUGCCUCCAAGAGUUACCGGAUUACCAGGAUUUCAUUAAGUACCACGGAACAGGCCGUCAUAUCCCUGAGAACUAAAGUAAAAGAAUCUGGAUAAAGCCACAGAAUGGAACUUUUCAGGAGGACUUGAGUGUUCUAUCUAGAGCUCUAUCUGUUUGGAUUUUGUACAUCGUUUUGGUGGGAAUGAAACAAAGCUCAUAGCGGAGACACCACUGGUGCCUUUACCAGAACAUGCACAACUUGCAACGUAAGUUUGAGAUCUUGAAUCUUCACAAAUCGGAUACAUUAAAAGCUUAAAGGUUUAUUGCUAAUGCAAGGGCUUCAGCAAAACCUUUAGACAAAGAUGAAUAGGCCAGAUUAUAUAUUUUUUUGAAUAACUGUACUUGGCAACAUGGGACAGGAACGAGACUGACAGAUGUAUGUGUGUGUAUGUAUGUAUGUAUAUAUAUAUAUAUAUAUAUAUAUAUGGCCAGUCUUCUAGAGCUGUCAAGAGAACAGGAUCUCUCUCUCUCUCUCUCUCUCUGUGUUGGCUGUUGGUUCUUACAGACCCCAUAUAUCACAUUACUGUCUUUCUGUGUGGUCAGAAAGGCACACUGAUUUAUCUAAGGACUACAUUGCAGAAUUUUCCAUUUAGACUAUACCGUUUCAGAGAGGCAAUUUUUAGAGGCCCCAAACGGAAUUUGGUUUACGACCGAGCUCAAAAAAAACACUUGUGUAUGACUUGAAUUUAGUGCGUAGCUAGCUAUCGUUGAAAUGAGAUCACGUGUCCUUAAAGAGGUAAAGCCAAGCUCAGCUGUCCUCAUCACUCCGAUAAGCUUUUAUCAGGUAUAUUGACUUUCAGUCAAUGUGGCCUAUUUCAUCAUAACCAAGCUACCUUUGGAAAGAUGCCCUUCCCUCCUCCUUUUCCUCCCCAUAAGCCGGUCCUGGGAUGACAAUGACCGCAUUCCACUCCUGGCCCCCAGUUUUAAACCCGUACCCAGAACUGGGGCUAUUUUAGUGUCCCUCAGCCGCGCAGAGAAGGCCGCCUGGAUUUCCUGAGUGUCACUCCUGGAGGAUUGCUGGUGUAUUUUGGAGCCUACGGAUGGCGGGUGGCAGUAGGAGGGAGACUGUGACCGGGCCACAGGCUUUAGGAAGUAGCUGCUCUGCCCGGCCUGCCUACGCAGUGGUGGAAAAAUUACCCAAUUGUCAUACUUGGGUAAAAGUAAAGAUACCUUCGUAGAAAAUGACUCAAGUAAAAGUUAGUCACCCAGUAAAAUACUACUUGAGUAAAAGUAUUUGGUUUUAAAUAUACUUAAGUAUCAAAAGUAGAUCAUUUCAAAUUCCUUAUAUUAAGCAAACCAGACGGCACAAUUUUCUAAAAAAAUAUAAAUAAUUACAGAUAACCAGGGGCACACUCCAACACUCAGACAAAACUUACAAAGAAAGCAUUUGUGUUUAGUGAGUCCGCCAGAUCAGAGGCAGUAGGGAUGAACAGGGAUGUUCUCUUGAUAAGUGCAUGAAUUUGACUAUAUUUUUCUGUCCUGCUAAGCAUUCAAAAUGUAACGAGUACUUUUGGGUGUCAGGGAAAAUGUAUGGAGUAAAAAGUACAUUAUUUUCUUUAGGAAUGUAGUGGAGUAAAAGUUGUCAAAAAUAUAAAUAGUAAAGUACAGAUACCCCAAAAAACUAGUUAAGUAGUACUUUAAAGUAUUUUUACUUAAGUACUUUACACCACUGUGCCUACGUGAUGCAGAGCUGGCUUUGUCUCUGUGCCAACAGUGGGCAGGACUAAACCAGCGCACAACGUGAGGGGAGGUGGUGCCGAGCAACCAGCAGGGGAGGGCUGAGAGUCAGAGCAAGCGAAGAAAAGAAAGAGAGAGGCUGCAGGUUUUUUCCUCUCACAUUGUGCUACAGUUAAGAGAAGAUGUUGCACGGUUUGGUUUCGCAGCAGCUAUAGUCAGAUCUAUCUUUGGAAGGGAUGCUGUGUACUGAACAGAGGUUGUUAUAGGGGUAUUUUAGCCUGCGCGUGUUCUAGUCUAUAUAGAUACUGUGAUCUGCACUGCAUGGGCUGUGGACAUUGAGGGAUAGCAGCGGCAACUAGAAAAAGGCAAGUGAGCUUUCAAAAUGAUGACAUCGCUCUCAGGAAAUGAAAAAUGCAGGAGUGGUCGGUGACAGUCCCCCCCGUGUGAUUGGCUGUGGUAAGUGAUGUAACACGUUACUGAGCAAGGAAGCAGGCAAACUGCCCUUUAUGAUGGCUUUUUUAAAUGGGUUUCGAGGUGCCCGUACAAAGAGAACAGGGCUCCUUUCCGGGCGUAUUACGAUAUUUUAUUAUCAUUAAAAUGUGCAACAAGGUGAUCUCUGAAGCAUGGAUGACUUGGAGGACUCGUGUCUGAGACCCGAGUUCGACGCCGAUUCAGAACCUUUUUUUUACCUAGAGAUGGACCUUCCAGGUAGGCGAACUGACUCGCUCAGUCACGUUGGAUGUUGCAUGACAAGUCUGUCUUGUAGCAUGCUGAGACAUUGGUUUCAGUAUGACCGGGAGAUGAGUCUGAGACUAGGGGCUAGCAGCAGCUCAGGAAGUUCACAAGGCAAUGUGAUGUGUUCUGGUGGUGGUGGUGAAAUGUCACCUUGGCUGUCAGCCCAAAACCUGCUGCUUUCAUUUCCAUACCCUCUUGUCAUCUCCAAGCUUUAUUUCUGAGCUCCUCUCUUUGGGAUCAGUGGCUUUAGGCACUGCUGCCACCAGUUCGGUGUUGAUGUUUAUGUACUGUUAUAUAUAAUAUUCCAUCUCCAUAGAUAUGGCUCAUGUUAUGAAUAUCUAUAUUAUACCCAUGGUUCGGUGUCUCUCCUGCUAUACUAAAGCCGAGAGAGAGAGAGAGAGAGACAGUGUUAAAAAUAGCUCUGCUCCUCUGAGAGAGAGGCAGGUUAACGUCACUUGUGAGUAGCCAAUCCAGUGCAGAAAUUAGGGCUUUUUGAUGAGCCCAUCUCCACAGAAUGAUUUACGAAGGGGUGCUAUGCAAGGAUCAGCAUCAGAGACAAUGGACACUAGCCCUAGCAACGCUAGCAGCAUGGAAUCAGAUUGGCAAUCUGCAUUAGGAAGAAUGCUGUUGCUGAGAAGAAGCCAUUAGAAGAGAAGGGACUGGAUGUGCUCAAUGCCGCGCAAUGAUUUUUUUUGUCAAUGGAUCUCAGUGGGUUCAUUGAUUUUUGUCUCUACAGACAGUUAUAUUGGUAGAUAUGUGGCUGAGUUAUAGGACUUACAGGAUGAUACUCCAAUGGUUUAGCGCUAUUUGUAUUUGAGCUGCUGGAUCACAGCUGUGCUCCAUUUAGGUCUGAAAUUGUGUGGCCAUUCUGCAGAAAGGCAGAGAUAAUCUGUGCAUGGUAUAAUUGGGUCAACAGAUGGGGUUGAUUUCCAGUCGUUGUGAUUUAUGGUUAGGUCCAAACACUGGAGACUGGAGAUAGUGAUGGGAAGGGGCUUCUUUUUCCUGAAUGAAAUCAAGUUUCCCUGACACAUACUCUCUCGCUCUCUCAAGUGGAGAGAAUAGUGGGGAGGAUGAUGGAGGGAGGAUACUGCUAACUGCCGCAGACGUUUGAUUGGGUUCAGGUCUCCUGCUCGCGAGGCAAAGAGACAUCCAGUUGAAUGUGUAUCGCUACAGAUUUGUGGGCCAAUUGAAUUAUCUGAAAAGCAAAUGGAAUAAUAUUGCCACUCGCAGCUAUAGAGUAAUAGAUAUUUCAACACCCCCUUCCAGCUCCCCCUGGAAUACUCUGGCUAAGCAUUACAUUAUAGCCUAAUGGGCAGCAGGUAGCCUAGCAGUUAGUGCAUUGGGCCAGUAACCGACAGGUCGCUGGUUUGAAUACCCGAGCAGUCAAGGUGAAAAAUCUGUCUGUGCCUUUAUAAUAAUAUGCCAUUUAGCAGACGCUUUUAUCCAAAGCAAUUUACAGUCAUGUGUGCAUACAUUUUUACGUAUGGGUGGUCCCGGGGAUCGAAUCCACUACCCUGGCGUUACAAGCGCCAUGCUCUACCAAUUGAGCUACAGAGGACCACACAGAGUAAGGCACUUAACCCUAAUUUGAUACAGGGGUGCUGUACUACCAUGGCUGACCCUAUAAAACACACAUUUCACUGCACUUAUUCUGUGUAUGUGACAAUAAAACAUACCUAUAUAUUUUUUCUUAGACUACGGCAGGAUUUUCUGACAUCCCUCCUGAUAACUUUAUGAUCGUGUUUAUUGCACUAUGGUUUUUGACUGUAUCACUAUCUCAUGUACUAAGCAACCAUCUCUCCCCUUUCGUCCACUACAGCCCUACCUCCCAAGCCACCAAAACCCACGCCCCCUGCUGUCACUAACAACGGUAUGAACAACAACAUGGCACUGCAGGACGCCGAGUGGUACUGGGGAGACAUCUCCCGCGAGGAGGUCAACGAGAAGCUGAGGGACACGGCCGACGGUACGUUCUUGGUCCGUGACGCCUCCACCAAGAUGCACGGCGACUACACUCUCACGUUGAGGUAAGACUACCCUUCCCCCUUCCCUUCCUCUUAAAGACUUCUUCUCAGCAUUCUUGAUAACACGUGUUUGUUGAUAAUUUAGUUUUUAAUUGGUUCUCUAUUGGUUUCCAUCUUCAGAAAAGGGGGUAACAAUAAGCUGAUCAAGAUAUUCCACCGGGAUGGGAAAUACGGCUUCUCUGACCCCCUGACCUUCAACUCGGUGGUGGAGCUCAUCAACCACUACCGCAACGAGUCCCUGGCCCAGUACAACCCCAAGCUAGACGUUAAGCUGCAGUUUCCAGUCUCCAAGCACCAGCAGGUAACUAUCAACAUAAUCAUCAACUUUAUUUGUUUAGGACUUUUCCUACAAUACAUCCUAGCUAAAAGGUCUUUGCAAAUUCAUCAUCAUAAAUCUGAAGUUCCAAUCCAUUUCUUCUCCUUUCCUCCUCAGGAUCAGGUGGUGAAGGAGGACAACAUCGAUGCUGUGGGGAAGAAGCUCCAUGAGUACCAUCAGCAGUACCAGGAGAAGAAUCGAGAGUACGACCGACUCUACGAGGAGUACACCAGGACUUCCCAGGAAAUCCAAAUGAAAAGGACAGCAAUCGAAGCCUUCAACGAAACCAUCAAGAUCUUCGAGGAGCAGUGCCAAACGCAAGAACGGUACAGCAAGGAGUACAUCGAGAAGUUCAGGAGGGAAGGCAAUGACAAGGAGAUCCAGAGGUAAGAACUUGGAUCUAGACCCCCAAAAAACGUAUAAAAAGGUUCAAUUUGGUCAGUAACGUUUUCUUAACUGAUCAAUUUCUUAAUGUUUCUUAACUAUGUGAAUUAUUGUUUUUCUCAGGAUCAUGGGCAACUAUGAGAAGCUGAAGUCUCGUAUCAGUGAGAUCGUGGACAGCAAGCGGCGUCUGGAGGAGGACUUAAAGAAGCAGGCUGCUGACUACCGAGAGAUCGACAAACGGAUGAACAGCAUUAAGCCCGACCUCAUCCAGCUCCGCAAAACCAGGGAUCAAUAUCUCAUGUAAGUAUCAUCUCUAUCCACCUCCUAGUCUCAAAUAAAUUCAAAUAACUUUGUUCUUGUGAGGGAACAUCUUGUAAAGGUCUCCCUACCCCUGGGUUUCUAAUCAGUGUUGUCAUGGUUCUUGUGUUGCAGGUGGUUGACCCAGAAGGGAGUCAGGCAGAAGAAGCUCAACGAGUGGCUGGACAUCAGAAACGAGAACACAGAAGAGUGAGUAUUCUAGACUGGCCUUCCAUCCUUUUUAUGUUCCUGGUAUCUAAAGGAGAAUCACAUUGCACCAUUUUUAAAUGGGGUAGAAACAUCUGAAAAAGUUUGCCAUUGAAUAUCAAACUUAAGUAUCUAACUCCCUCCCUCCGUCCAUCUAUGUUCUUCAGUCAAUACUCUGUGGUGGAUGACGAUGAGGACCUUCCCCACCAUGACGAGCGCUCCUGGAAGCUGGGCAACAUCAACCGGCUGCAGGCAGAGGCCCUUCUCCGGGGGAAGAGGGACGGAACAUUCCUGGUUCGAGACAGCAGCAAGGCAGGGUGCUACGCCUGCAGUGUUGUGUACGUAUAAAGACCUUGUACUCAUUCUACUUGCUCAUUAUAGUACAGUUGUGUACACAUCUACCUUGUCCAGAACUGACAUUACCUGCUUUGGUUACUGACAUAAUUUACCUAGGAAGGACUGCAAACACAGUUCAGAGACCGUUUGGGUACAGGUUUGAAGGUUGGGACUGUGUUGCUUUACACAGUUCAGAGACCGUUUGGGUACAGGUUUGAAGGUUGGGACUGUGCUGCUUUACACAGUUUCUGUUUACCUCAACCUGUAUUCCAGCUAUCUGCUCCUACACUGUUCAGUACAUCGACGUUGGCACUGCAAACACACAUCAGACACUGUAGACCGGUGUAGCCUUCAGUGUAGACAUUGCAGCUCAACCAUGGACUAGUCUAGUGUAGGGUAGAACCUCACGUGACCAAGGGCUUGAUGAUUAGUUGAGUCGUAGAGUCAGGUGUACCCUAGUGCUGGGCUGGAUCAAAAAUGUACAACCCUGACCUAACAGGACAUGACUUGACAUUUCUCUCUGUCUCUCCUCUCCAGUGUGGAAGGUGAAGUGAAGCACUGUGUCAUCAACAAGACGCCCUCAGGGUUUGGCUUCGCUGAGCCUUACAACCUGUACAGCUCGCUCAAAGAACUGGUCCUCCACUACCAGCACACGUCACUGGUCCAGCACAAUGACUCUCUGAAUGUGACACUAGCGCACCCCGUCUACACACAGCAGAGGCGGUGAGGACCCUACCGGCCAUUCAGUCGGACAGAAACAUCUAUAUCUUGUGCUCGGACUUUGGACUCAAGGAUUUAAAAAAGCUAGGCUGUGUCUUGCCUACUAACAUACAUACUUUUUUAAGAGAGGAAAGGACUAAAGACAAACCACAAAACGAAGCCUGAAAACAUUUCAGCGACUGUGAACUGACUGUGAGCAGUGGCGAGAGCCUGAAUGUAGUCUUGUUACUCUCGUGCUUAUUGUGGGAGCACAGAGUCAAGGUGAAACUGCUGAACUCUCUCCCCGAGCGGAGGACAUUGGAGGCCUUUUCC